AUGGCCAGCGUCCCCCAGCUGUUCGACGACCUGUGCGAGGCCCUCCUGCCGGCCGCGAAGGCUCCCCUGGGCCAGCACGGCGGGAGCCGGAAGAGGGCAAAGCAGAGACUUAAGAGGGUGGCCUACAAUGCCCUCUUCACGAAUCUCUUUCAAGACGAGACUCAUAAACUGCAGCCUGAUCUCUCCAAACUCCCAGUGAAGAACAAGAUCCUCAUGCUGUCCUUCGACUUGAGAGUGGGUGGUCUGGGCCCGGAGGCUGACCGUCUGGAGGAACUCGUGGAGCAGCUCCUAGCAGCCCCUUGCUGUCCGGUCGUGGAGGUGGGGUCUGUUUUGGACCUCCUGGUUCAGCUGGCAGGGAGUGGCCCCCCUCAAGUGCUGCAGCGCAAGCGGGACUACUUCUUUAACAACAAGCAUGUGGGGAGAAACGUGCCCUACGGCGGCUACGACUGCCAGGACCUGAGUGUUUUUGAGAUGGACGUUCAGUCUUUGAUCUCCAGAGAGGAGUACUUAUGUCAGGACAUGAUCCAGAAGGUGCUUCAGGUGAUGGAGGCGGCCCCAGGCACUGGCCUGCCCACCACGGGGCUCUUCUCAUAUGGGGACCCUUGCGGUGACAGGUUUGAGAGAGACACCCGGGUCUCGCUUUUUGGCGCCCUUGUGCACAGCCGCACAUACGACAUGGAUGUCCGGCUAGACCUGCCCCCGAUGCCGGACAGUGCAGACUUCUCUGGAUUGGCCAUUAAGGUUCCUCAGAGUGUGGAUCAGUCCGACGAUGAAGGGUUCCAGUCAGCAUCUAAUUUGACUCCUGACUCCCAGUCUGAACCAGGCAUGACUCCAGACAUCGACCUGUGGGAUGCCGUGCUCACCUACGAGGCCAGCAAGCGGAGGUGCUGGGAGCAAGUUGGAUGCCCCCCUGGCCACAGAGAGGAGCCCUACCUCACGGAGGCUGGAAGGGACGCCUUUGACAGGUUCUGCAGGCUCCGCCACGGGGAGCUGCAGGUGCUUGGUGGGGGCCUGCUGCAGGCCCCACAGCCCAUCCUGGUGAAGGAGUGCGAGCUGGUGAAAGAUGCGCUGAAUGUCCUGAUUGGGGUCGUGUCUGCCACGUUUUCCCUCUGCCAGCCAGCUCAGACCUUCGUGGUGAAGCAGGGUGUCCACGUAUCAGGAGCCUCCCCCGAGAGCGUCAGCAGUCUCCUCUCAGAGGUGGGCGAGUGGGGGACACACUACGCACGCCUGAGCCAGUUCUCUCUGCAGCCUGUGCUGGACUCCUCGUGCAGCAAGGGCCUUGUGUUCCAGGCCUUCACCAGCGGCCUGAGGAAGUACCUGCAGUAUUACCGUGCCUGUGUGCUCUCCACUCCACCCACCCUGAGCCUCCUCACCAUUGGCUUUCUUUUCAAGAAACUGGGCCGGCAGCUCAGGUACUUGGCUGAGCUCUGUGGCGUUGGCACUGCACUCCCAGGUAGUGGGGGCGGAGAACCCAAGGCUGCAUUCCCCACCGGGGUGAAGCUGCUCUCCUACCUGUACCAGGAGGCUCUCGAUAAUUGCAGCAACGAGAACUACCCAGUGCUGCUAUCCCUGCUGAAGACCAGCUGUGAGCCCUAUACGAGGUUCAUCCAUGACUGGGUGUACAGUGGGGUCUUCAGAGACGUUUAUGGCGAAUUCAUGAUCCAGGUGAACCACGAGUACCUGGGCUUCAGAGAUAAGUUUUACUGGACCCACGGCUAUGUGCUCAUUUCCAAAGAGGUGGAGGACUGCGUCCCUGUGUUCUUGAAGCACAUCGCCCACGAUGUGUACGUCUGCGGGAAGACCAUUAAUUUGCUGAAACUCUGCUGCCCCCGGCAUCACCUCUACUGGUCUGACGUCCCCGUCCCUCGGAUCUCAGUGAUUUUCUCCCCUGAGGAGUUGAAGGAGGUGGAGAGGGACUGUGCCAUCUACGUGGGGCGGAUGGAGAGGGUAGCGCGCCACAGCUCCAUCAGCAAGGAGGACAAGGAAUUACGAAUGGAAAUUGCAAAACAAGAAUUGAUUGUCCAGGCCCGGGAAGCAGCGUCCAGAGUCCUGCGAGCGCUCAGCGAUCGGCAGACGUCGGAACGCAUGGCCUUGGACGCCCGGAAGCGAGAGCAGUUUCAGAGGCUGAAGGAGCAGUUUGUGAAGGACCAAGAGCGGCGCCGGGCGGCCAGGCAGGAGGCUCUGGAUGACGACUUGGGCUAUGCGCGGGAGCUCCGCGACAGGGAGAGGAGGCUGAGGGCCUUGGAGGAGCAGCUGGAGAGGAAGGCGAGGCAAGCACUGGUUGACCAUUAUAGCAAGUUGUCUGCAGAAGCAGCUCGUCGAGAGCAGAAGGCACUGUGGAAAAUCCAGAGGCACCGAUUGGCAAGUGCACGGCUUCGUUUCCUCGUAGAAGAUCAGAAGCUCAUUCAGGGGAUGCUGAAGGACGCGUCCGAAGGGAAGGCCCUGGAGCCACUCUCCAUCCUCCCUGCUGCCGGUUCCCAGGCUUUGUCUCCGGGCCCCGGCCACUCGGCGGGAGGCAGCAGCUCUGACUCUGGGUAUGCAGAACAGCCGCACGUGGUUGCCUGGGAUUGCCCGAAUGCACGGACGCUGCAGCAGCUCACACCUCCAGCAGCAGGGGCCCGUGGCUCGGGGCUGGUGGACAGGCCAGAGCCGUGCUCUGAGGGCCUCAGCAUCCAAGACUUCCUGCCCACAGCUCGGGAGGCCGAGCUGCCUGCACACACUGGCGUGGCCCCUGUCCUGGAGGAGGCGCUGCACACCAUCGGCUCAGACCUGCCUCCCUCGGCUCCAUCCGAAGUGGUGGGCACAGGGCCUUCUGGGCCACCGGAGUAUGAUUUCAGAACCAUCCUGAGGCCAGCUAUAGCCCCCUUGGCUUCCCCAGGGUCCCUGAAGACUGUAGGAGGCGGCUCGAGUAAUGAGGGGCAGCAGCUGUGGGGGGACAGUGUCACGCGGCCACAAGGUACAGGUGUCUCAGAUAGGCAGGUGGCUCUGCCUCACCCCCACCCCUCUGGGUACACCCUCCCCCAGGACGGGAGUAGCCAGGCCAUGGGGCAGCUCCUCGGGCAUGUGUCAGAGGGCAGCGUUCCCACAGGGGGCUAUGCUUCUGGGAUGGCCCCCUCGCGGCCACGGUGGAACGUCCACGGACACGUAUCUGACGCCAGCAUCAAGGUGGGGGAGAACGUGUGGGAUGUGGCCCCCUCGCGGCCACGGUGGAACGUCCACGGACACGUGUCUGACGCCAGCAUCAAGGUGGGGGAGAACGUGUGGGAUGUGGCCCCCUCGCGGCCACGGUGGAACGUCCACGGACACGUGUCUGACGCCAGCAUCAAGGUGGGGGAGAACGUGUGGGAUGUGGCCCCCUCACGGCCACGGUGGAACGUCCACGGACACGUGUCUGACGCCAGCAUCAAGGUGGGGGAGAACGUGUGGGAUGUGGCCCCCUCGCGGCCACGGUGGAAUGUCCACGGACACGUGUCUGACGCCAGCAUCAAGGUGGGGGAGAACGUGUGGGAUGUGGCCCCCUCGCGGCCACGGUGGAACGUCCACGGACACGUGUCUGACGCCAGCAUCAAGGUGGGGGAGAACGUGUGGGAUGUGGCCCCCUCGCGGCCACGGUGGAACGUCCACGGACACGUGUCUGAUGCCAACAUCAAGGUGGGGGAGAACGUGUGGGAUGUGGCCCCCUCCCGACUACGGUGGAACGUCCACGGACAUGCGUCUCAGUCCCAUGUGGUACUGGGUGCACUCUCUGGGGAAGGCCAGCCCGAUAUACCCAGGCCCUGCCAGAGCCCCCCUGACCAUGUGUCCCAGUCAGGCCUCAGCCUGGGAGCACAGAGCCCUAUCUGGGAGCACGAGCCACGGCUGCCUGCAGAGACAGCCUCAGACAGCUCCUGUGCUCAGGAGGCUGGCUCCAGGAGUGGGGAGGCGAGUGGCCUCCAGGCUUCGCUGUCUGCAGUGGCUGCAUCCCGGGAUCUGGGAGAUGGUAUCCCCGAGGAGCCAGGACCAGGGACGAGUGGGGACACUGAGGACCUCUCUCUAGGUCACCCUCCAAGCUCACAGGAAGGCGCGGCAGCCCAGGGCAGCCCCAGCCUUGGUGAGGAGGUGGUGGCCGCCCAGCGCAGGGGCCGGGAGCAGGCCUACCUGGCGGGUCUGAUAGAGGAGUACCGGCUGGAGCAGUACCCGGACAGCUACGAGGCCAUGUCGGAGCCUCCUGUCGCCCACCUGCUACACCACGGGCUUCCCCGCGCCUUCGCCCUCCCGGAGGACCCCCGGGUCCGGUCAGAUGCGGAUGAGACCGCGGUGCAGCUGAGCGAGCUGCUGCCGCUGCCCGUGCUCAUGAAGCACUCCAUCACUGCCCCGCUGGCCGCGCACGUCUCUUUGGUGAACAAGGCCGCCGUGGACUACUUCUUCGUGGAGCUGGGCCUGGAGGCGCACUUCGAGGCGCUGCGACACUUCCUGCUCAUGGAGGACGGGGAGUUCGCACAGUCGCUCAGCGAUCUGCUGUUCGAGAAGCUGGGGGCGGGGCAGACGCCCGGGGAGCUGCUCAACCCGCUGGUGCUCAACUCCGUGCUCAGCAAGGCCCUGCAGUACAGUCUGCACGGGGACACCCCCUACGCGGACAACCUCUCCUUCGCCCUCAAGUUCCUGCCCGAGGCGUUUGCCCCCAACGCCCCGGACGUGCUGAGCUGCCUGGAGCUCAGGUACAAGGUCGACUGGCCCCUCAACAUCGUGGUCACCGAGGGCUGCCUGAGCAGGUACAGCGGCAUCUUCUCCUUCCUGCUGCAGCUGAAGCUGAUGAUGUGGACGCUCAAGGACAUCUGCUUCCACCUCAAGCGCACAGCUCUGGUGAGCCACGCGGCCGGCUCCGUGCAGUUCCGCCAGCUGCAGCUGUUUAAGCACGAGAUGCAGCACUUUGUCAAAGUCACCCAGGGCUACAUCGCCAACCAGAUCCUGCAUGUUACCUGGUGUGAGUUCCGAGCCCGGCUGGCGCAGGUGGGCGACCUGGAGGAGAUCCAGCGUGCGCAUGCGGAGUACCUGCACAAGGCUGUCUUCAGGGGCCUGCUGACAGAGAAGGCUGCACCCGUCAUGAACGUCAUCCACAGCAUCUUCAGCCUUGUCCUGAAGUUCCGCAGCCAGCUUAUCUCCCAGCCCUGGGUCCCGGCUGGUGGCCCCCAGGGUGCAGAGCACCCUAACUUCGCUCUCAUGCAGCAGUCCUACAGCACCUUCAAGUACUACUCCCACUUCCUCUUUAAAGUGGUGACCAAGCUGGUGAACCGGGGCUACCAGCCCCACCUGGAGGACUUCCUGCUGCGCAUCAACUUCAACAACUACUAUCAGGAUGCCUGAGGCCACGUGACACAGCCGGGUUCUGGAAUCAUCCAAGUUCAUCUUUCCGGCAGAUGCCGCCCCCGCACCCCUCCUGCAUUUGGUUCCCUGCUUGGGGGGUCGUCCGCAGCCACCUCCCAGGGAGAGGGCGAUGCGAGCAGUCCGCGCCCGGCCGCCUGGAGCCUCACCUGUACGCCUGGAGCCAGUCAGCC